AUGUUUAACCAUACCUAGCUGCAUAAUUUACUAAUCAGAAUCGGUUUGUAAAAAUACAACAGCCAUAUUAGGUAGUUGUAUUUGGUCAUUGAUUGAACAAUCAUUCAAAGUUAAAUAAUGCUCAGAUAUUUCAGAUCAAAAUCAUGACAAUCGUAGUUUAGAAUUAUGCAAUUGUAUAUUUGAUGGCACUACAUGUAUCUAAAAGCAAUAUUGCUAUUAUUUCUAGUCAAAUAUUGCUUGUAAAACAAUGCUAUUAUUGUUUAAAGAGUGGAAAAUGAUAGUUGAUGGUUAAUUGUGA